UCUUAGGAUACCUUUCACAAGGAAACAGCGACGCAUUCUUGCAAGAAGUUCACGAGCUAAGUCUUUCAGAGCUAUUAUUACUUCAAAUUUCUUGUCUGCUUUAUUAGUAAUUAACCCCUUCUCUUCAGAAUCAACAUCAUGGAAAAGAAGGAAGAGCUGGCCAUGAUAGACGUGGUUGGAACCAGGAAAUGGUGUGGAUCAAUUGGGGGCGUUGUCGAUGCACCAAUAGACAAAGUGUGGACCAUGGUGUCUAAAAGCAGCAGAUUACACGAGUGGAUGCCGAUGGUCGAAAAAUGCAUUGAUUUGUCGGGAGAAGAAGGCGUCCCAGGCUAUACCAGGUUAGUCUCAGGUUUCAUGUUCCCACAGGAAGACGGUGACAGAUCAUGGAUCAAGGAAAAGCUGGUUCACAUGGACCCUUUAUCCCACAGUUACAUUUAUCGAAUGGAAUCAAGCAACGUAGGGCUCGAUGGAUCCUUAAAUUCGUUAAAGCUCAUAGAUUACGGUGAUGGCUCGACUCUUGUCCACUGGAAAUUCGACAUAGAUCCUGUCGAAGGUGUGUCCGAAGAGUACACAGUGGACUACUUGGGAUAUCUUUACAAGUCGUGUAUUAACAGGAUUGAGGGUGCUGUAGAGGCUUCAUGUAAUAAAUGCUCUGUCGCAUUCUUGAAGCAAGAAGUUGCUUCUGGUUCAGACAAUGCAGACAACAACAUUGUUAACUGAUAUGCAACUAUGCAAAUGUUUUUGUUAGAAA